ACCAACCCUUCCAACCGGCAGGAGGAUUGGGAAUACAUCAUUGGCUUCUGUGACCAGAUCAACAAGGAACUCGAAGGGCCACAGAUCUCAGUCCGAUUGCUGGCCCACAAGAUCCAGUCCCCGCAGGAAUGGGAGGCAGUGCAGGCCCUGACGGUCCUGGAGGCAUGCAUGAAGAACUGUGGGCGGAGGUUCCACAACGAAGUGGGCAAGUUCCGCUUUUUGAACGAGUUGAUCAAAGUCGUCUCUCCAAAGUACUUGGGAGAUAGAGUGUCCGAGAAGGUGAAGACCAAGGUCAUUGAGCUGCUCUAUAGCUGGACUCUGGCCCUCCCUGAAGAAUCCAAGAUCAAGGAUGCCUACCAUAUGCUCAAGAGACAAGGCAUUGUGCUCACUGACCCCUCAAUUCCUGAGGACAGGACACUCAUCCCCUCUCCGCCUCCUCGUCCCAAAAACCCCGUGUUUGAUGAUGAAGAGAAGUCCAAGCUCUUAGCCAAGCUCCUGAAGAGCAAAAAUCCAGAUGACCUGCAAGAGGCCAACAAGCUCAUCAAGUCCAUGGUGAAGGAAGACGAGGCCCGGAUCCAGAAGGUGACCAAGCGCCUGCACACCUUGGAGGAGGUCAACAACAAUGUCAAACUGCUCAGCGAGAUGCUACUGCACUACAGCCGAGAGGACUCUUCAGAGGCAGACAAGGAGCUCAUGCAGGAGCUGUUUGAUCGGUGUGAGAACAAGAGGCGGACAUUAUUCAAACUCGCUAGUGAGACAGAGGACAAUGACAGCAGUUUGGUGGACAUCCUUCAGGCCAGUGACAACCUCUCCCGGGUCAUCAACUCUUAUAAAGCAAUCAUCGAAGGACAAGUCAUCAACGGGGAGGUAGCCACAUCCACACUACCUGGCCCAGAAGGAAACAGUGACUGUGAUGGCCACGGCACACUCAUCGACCUGGCCGAGUCAGACACGCCAAGCAGUUCGCCCCCAGUAUUGGUGCCUGCACUCCCCCCACCCACAUCGAGUAUCCCCAUCCUCCCACCGCCUCCUCAGGCCUCGGGCCCCGCUCGCAGCCGCUCGUCCAGCCAGGCCGAGGCCUCACCUGGGCCCAGCAGUACCAGCAACGCCCUCUCCCUUCUUGACGAGGAGCUGCUCUGCUUGGGCCUCAGUGAUCCAGCCCCCAGUGUUCCGUCCAAAGACACAGUGGGAAGUAGCCAGUGGCCCCUGUUCCAGAAUGAGCAGCCCACCCUGGACUUCUUUGGCCCCCAGCUGGGUCCUGCUACCUGCGGUCCUGCAGAGGGCCCUCCGCUACAGCCCACAGGCCCCCUCGCAGGCAACUCCCAGGUGCCACUGGCAGCUCCUUUCCCAACUCCCGUUGUCCCGACCAGUGUCCCUGCCCCCAGCCCGAGCUCUUUGUUCUCCACUGGACUGGCUACAGCUCUGCGUCCAAAGGCUGAGCUGGAAGCCUCUGCAUCCCAUGGCCCAGCCCUGGGCGAAAGCGCUCCACACCGGCCCGACGCACUGGACCAGCUUCUGGAGCAGGCCGGAGUGACCUCAGGCUUGGUGAAGCCCACCUCUUCAAGCUUCUUCCCAGGGGCUGUACCCUCCCCUCUUCUCCCCACCAGCACGUCUGCAGCCAGAUCACUGCUUCCCUUCCCCGGAGGGCCCGACAGCCCCCUUUUUCAGCCUCAGGGCAGUCCCCCAAAGGGCCCUGAGCUCUCCCUGUCCAGCAUCCACGUGCCCCUGGAAUCCAUCAAACCCAGUAGCGCCCUUCCCGUGACGGCCUAUGACAAGGACGGUUUCCGCAUCCUCUUCCACUUUGCCAAGGAGUGCCCCCCCGGGCGGCCCGACGUGCUGGUGGUGGUGGUGUCCAUGCUCAACACGGCACCCCUGCCCAUCAGGAGCAUUGUGCUGCAGGCCGCUGUGCCCAAGUCAAUGAAGGUCAAGUUGCAGCCGCCUUCGGGAACGGAGCUCUCUCCUUUCAGCCCCAUCCAGCCUCCUGCAGCCAUCACCCAGGUCAUGCUGCUGGCCAACCCGCUGAAGGAGAAGGUACGGCUCCGGUACAGGCUGACCUUCGCCCUGGGGGAGCAGCUGAGCACCGAGGUGGGUGAGGUGGACCAGUUCCCGCCCGUGGAGCAGUGGGGCAGUCUAUGA